GCGCGGGAGGGGGCGUGGCGGGGGCGUGGCCUCGGCUCUUUUCUUCUCCGCGCCGCGAAGCCUGCGCCGUCCUCCGCCUCAGUCCGAGCGAGUCAGCCCCGCUUGCCGCGAUGAAGGCAGCCUCCGCGUUCGUGGUCGAGAGCCCAGACGUGGUCUACUCGCCCGAGACCAUCGAGGCGCAUUACGACUACCGGACCACGCGGGUCAUUCGCGAGGGCGGCGUCCUCAAGGUGCAGCCCACGUCCACGCGCUUCACCUUCCGGACCGCCCGGCAGGUGCCCCGGCUCGGGGUCAUGCUCGUCGGGUGGGGCGGGAACAACGGCUCCACGCUCACGGCCGCCGUGCUGGCCAACCGCCUACGCCUGUCGUGGCCUACGCGCGCCGGCCGCAAGGAGGCCAACUACUACGGCUCGCUCACUCAGUCGGGCACAGUGAGCCUGGGCCUGGACGCUGAGGGCCAGGAGGUGUUCGUACCCUUCAACGCGCUGCUGCCCAUGGUGGCACCGGACGACCUCGUGUUCGAUGGCUGGGACAUCUCCUCGCUCAACCUGGCUGAAGCUAUGCGGCGGGCGCAGGUCCUGGACUGCGGCCUGCAGGAGCAGCUGUGGCCGCACAUGGAGGCCCUGCGCCCGCGGCCCUCGGUCUACAUCCCCGAGUUCAUCGCCGCAAACCAGAGCGCGCGCGCCAACAACCUCAUCCCGGGCACGCGCGCGCAGCAGUUGGAGCAGAUCCGCAAGGACAUCCGAGACUUCCGGCACCGCGAGGAGCUGGACAAGGUCAUCGUGCUGUGGACGGCAAACACAGAGCGCUUCUGCGAUGUGGUCCAGGGUCUCAAUGACACGGCGGAGAACCUGCUGUGCACCAUCCAGCUCGGACGGGAGGUGUCGCCGUCCACGCUCUUCGCUGUGGCCAGCAUCCUGGAGGGCUGCGCCUUCCUCAACGGGUCCCCGCAGAACACGCUGGUGCCCGGCGCGCUCGAGCUGGCCGAGCAGCACCGAGUAUUCGUGGGCGGUGACGACUUCAAGUCCGGCCAGACCAAAGUGAAGUCGGUGCUCGUGGACUUCCUCAUCAGCUCUGGCCUCAAGACUAUGUCCAUCGUGAGCUACAACCACCUGGGCAACAACGACGGGCAGAACCUGUCGGCGCCGCAGCAGUUCCGCUCCAAGGAGGUGUCCAAGAGCAGCGUGGUGGACGACAUGGUGCAGAGCAACCCGGUGCUCUAUGCGCUCGGCGAGGAGCCGGACCACUGCGUGGUCAUCAAGUACGUGCCCUACGUGGGCGACAGCAAGCGCGCGCUGGACGAGUACACGUCGGAGCUGAUGCUGGGCGGAACCAACACAUUGGUGCUGCACAACACUUGUGAGGACUCGCUGCUGGCGGCGCCCAUCAUGCUGGACCUUGCCCUGCUCACGGAGCUGUGUCAGCGCGUCAGCUUUUGCACGGACGCCGACCCCGAGCCGCAGCGCUUCCACUCGGUGCUGUCCCUGCUCAGCUUCAUGUUCAAGGCACCACUCGUACCGCCAGGCUGCCCGGUGGUGAACGCGCUCUUCCGCCAGCGCAGCUGCAUCGAGAAUAUCCUCAGGGCCUGCGUGGGGCUCCCGCCGCAGAACCACAUGCUCCUGGAGUACAAGAUGGAGCGCCCGGGUCCCGGCGGCAAGCGAGCCGCACCGGUAGGCGCUGCCGGCCCGCUGCCCUGCAAGAAAGGAGUGGCACCCGUGGCCCCCAAUGGCUGUACCGGCGACACCAAUGGGCACCCGCAGGGGGCGUCCCCGAUGCCCAUGGCCUGAGGCCCUGAGCUUGCGGCGUUUGGCCCUAGCCCCCUACCCCAAAAGACCUAACCCUCCCUGGCCCCCAAAUAAAGCCAGUGACUCCCCUCCGCCAA